CCGAAUCCAGAUCUAACUUGGAUACGGAACGGGCACAACUUCUUGGUUCGGCUCGACUGUGGUAACCGUUGAAUGUUCGCCGGUGGUUCACCAGCAUGAGGCCCGUUUAACUUGACUUCUUGGUUGCCAGACAGAGAUGGAAGCGUCACACCCAACCCCCGAGGGGAUUAUGCUUCCCUCAAGCCCCGUGGGUUCGACUGAUUCAAUCGACUCGGCCUCGUCCGGCUCUCCCGCUGAGCACUCCAGAGAGGCAAAAUGCAGCGAUAACGUCAUGAUCACACUGUCGCUCACACCUGACCCGCCGGUCCAAACUCCUACUCGUCUCCCUUUUACUCGUUCCCAUUUCCGGUCACGAUCGAUGGUCGAGGUCCCCGGCCUACCCCCCAUGACCCGCGCCCACUCGUCGCCAGGGCUGGACUCGCGGGGAAGAUAUAUAUUCGUCAACAAUCGCGGGUCUCCGGCGAAUGUGGGAGAUCAUGCCGCCAAGCGCUAUUUGCCUUUGCAGGUCACUACUGGAGACGGCCUAGAGUCCAGAAUGGUGCCCCUGAACAUAUCAGAGACCAUAUCAGAACAUGCGGAGCUGGAUACCAACAUCGUCUCCUCUCCGACUCAAAUCGAUUAUCACCCUGCCUCGCCGGUUUUCUCGCACACCCUACCUCGUGUCGGCCGUCGCCGACCAUCAUCCCCCCUUCAUUUUCAGAGUCCAACCUCGUCCGCCCAGUUCAUGGGCAGUCCCUCCGGCAAUUCCUCUCCCGUGAUAUUCGGUAUGAGAUAUAACGAGUCCUACCCGGGUUAUUCGGCAUCUGCGACCUCAUCUGUACCCUCGACCCCGACGAGCCUCCGAUCCCGCAGUCCGAGCAUCUCCUCGCUGGAAACUAUUCCGGACAUUCCAGAUGCAGAGGCCGCAGCCAUUGAGGCGGACAGAAUUGCGGCGUUGAAAGCUGCAGCAGAUAAGGCGGAUGAGGCAGAAGCGGCCAGCAGCGGGAAUCGACGGCGCGGGUCAUCCGAUGCUUCGGGCCCAUCAAGCGGUCUUACAAUGCGGGGAGGAUCGGUGGGAUAUGGUGCUCGGGCAGAUAAACGCAAGCGUUGGAGUGUGUGUGGAGCAGAGCGUCGACAGGAUUUGGACUUGGAAACGAUCUGGGAAGAUUGAGCGCGAUGCAGCACCGAUUUCUCACCCAGCCCCUUGAUCGGCCAUCUAUACCUUAUGCAUCGCUCAGUGGCAAUCGGACCACCCGUUCAAUGUCUCGUUCAUGCCCAGCCUGUCACAAUCAGAUACGCAAUGCGCGCUUGCCCGACUCAUUCCGGACACCACCAUCCAUCACAAGGGAGAUAAACUCCUGUCAUUGAGAGACAACACCCAGUCCAACCCAAUCCUGCUUGUUCCUUCUUGCUGUGUAUCAGGCGCCCAACUCGAAAAUACCCAAUUGUCUAUUAUAGUUUCCCGGCAUUAUCCUUGACGGUCUUCACCAGAUCAUAUACAGGAAGGUUGCGGAUUCUGAGGAUCGCGCAGGUUCGUCGAUGCUCUCUGCCAAUCGAGUUUCGUUUCAUAUUUUAUCUGGGUUAAUUCCAGCAUGGCGCAUGGUACUUUGACUGAUGCCUUU